AUGGACAGAAUAAGAAAGACUUUAAGGCGUUAUGGUGGUGGUGGUAAUGGUGGUAACGAAGAACAAACCUCUUCUAGCGACUUUUCAUACAAUGAUGGUGGUGCUACACAAGGCUUUAAUCCCAACGAGAAAUCAGAAGCCGAGGUGAAACAACAUGUUGUCAAUCAAGAUUUUGAAGCAGACAUAAAAGUACCGAACUUAAACUUGAUAGCCUCAAAAUCACAAGAAUUUGAUCCAGUCACUUCCCAUUUGAUGAAUGAGAUUAUUGAAGAUGAAUAUGCAGGUAUUCAUGUAGAAGAUGAUUCUCCUUAUCCUGAAGUUAGAGCAGCAGUGCCUAGUACCGAUGAUUUUGAAAUGCCACAAGCAACUAUCAGAGCAUGGACGUUAGGUUUGAUUUUAACAACUAUUGGAUCAGCCAUGAAUAUGUAUUUCUCGCUUCACUCGCCAACAAUUACAAUUACCACUAUGGUUACAUCCAUUUUAGCAUAUCCUUUUGGUAGAUUUUGGGCUUGGUGUAUUCCAAAUUGGAAAAUUUUUGGUCUCCCUUUGAACCCUGGUCCAUUCAAUCUCAAAGAGCAUGCUGUGAUUACAAUCAUGGCAAAUGCCUCCUUCAAUGGUGGUGCCGCUUAUGCUACGGAUAUAUUAGUUUCCAUGAAUAAAUUUUACAAUGUCGAUUUCGGUGUUGGUUUCGCUAUCGUGGCCAUUCUUUCUACAAAUAUGAUUGGUUUCUCAAUGGGUGGACUUAUCAGAAAAUUUGUUGUUGAUAGUCCCUCUGCAAUUUGGCCCCAGAAUUUGGUCACUUGUACAUUUUUGACGAAUAUGCACAUUAACGAAAAUCACCCUGCUAAUGGAUGGCACAUCUCACGUCUUUGGUUUUUCUUGAUUGUUUUUAUUGUGGGGUUCAUUUACUACUGGAUUCCAGGUUACAUGUUUGCGGCUUUAUCCAAUUUUUCAUGGAUCACUUGGAUUAAACCAAAAAGCCCCAUUAUCAACCAAAUCUUUGGUUCUCAAACUGGAUUGGGCAUGUUGCCAAAUAGUAUAGCUUUGGAUUGGAAUCAAAUUGCCGGCUACGUCGGAUCACCAUUGAUUCCACCAGCUGGUACACUUGCAACAAUUUCCCUUUCCAUUAUUAUCGUUUUCUGGGCUAUAGUUCCCGCUAUUUCAUUUACAAACACUUGGUAUGGCGAUUACUUGCCAAUCUCAUCAUCAGGAUCCUUUGAUAGAUUUCAAGAUAAUUAUCAAGUUAGCAGAAUUGUUAAUAAGGAUUUGACUUUCAAUGAUGCCGAAUAUAAAAAAUAUUCACCUUUAUUCUUGUCAACAACUUUUGCAAUAUCCUACGGUUUAUCAUUCGCCUCGACUACUGCGACUAUUGUUCAUACCAUUUUAUUUCACGGUAAAGAAAUCAUUGAGCAGUUUAAAUGUAAGGAAACACCCGAUGUACACAAUAGAUUAAUGUCGCGUUACAAAAGAGUGCCUGAAUGGUGGUUCCUCAUUUCAUUCUUGAUAUUCUUUGCCUUGUCCAUUGUCACCGUCAGAGUUUGGAAUACCGAGAUGCCUAUUUGGUCCUUGGUUGUGGCUCUCGUUAUUGCAUUAGUCUUUUUGUUACCGGUUUCAAUCAUUUACGCACGAACAAACAUUGCAGUGGGUCUUAACGUUAUAACAGAGUUUAUUAUCGGUUAUAUGGUUCCCGGAAAACCAAUAGCCAUGAUGUUUUUCAAAACUUUCGGAUACAUCACCAACAAUCAAGCCGUCACAUUUGCUCAAGAUAUGAAAUUGGGUCAUUACAUGAAAAUCUCACCAAAAAACUUGUUUUUUUCCCAAUUUAUUGCAGCAAUCUGGUCCUGUUUUGUUCAAAUUGCCGUCAUGAGGUGGUCUUACGGAGCAGUCGAAAACUUGUGUAAACCAGGUCAAGGGUCCGGCUUCGAUUGUCCCGGUGCAAGAGUAUUCUUUACAGCCAGUAUUAUUUGGGGUGCAAUUGGUCCACAACGACAGUUUUCUCCUGGCCAAUUGUACUACAAGUUACUAUUUUUCUUCAUUGUUGGUGCUGGACUUCCAAUUAUCAAUUGGUUGAUUUUGAGGAAAUGGCCAAACAGUAUGGUGAAGUAUUUGCAUUGGCCUGUUUUCUUCUCGGGAACAGGACUUAUUCCACCAGCUACUCCUUACAACUAUACUUCCUAUUGUUUGGUUGGUUUAUUCUUCGGAUGGUUCAUUAAGAAGAAGUUUUUCCACUGGUGGACAAAAUACAACUAUUCCUUAUCUGCUGGUUUGGACAUUGGUUUAGCUUGGAGUAUGUUAAUUAUAUCAUUGGCAUUGGGGUUGACCAGCACCAAGUUCCCUGCUUGGUGGGGCAAUGACGUUGUUGGCAAAACUCUUGAUAGUGCAGUUAACAAAACUGGAGCUAGUAUCAACAUAAGGAUAAAGCUUAAGGAUGGUGAGGCAUUUGGUCCAUCCACUUGGUAA